CCUAAAUAAGCUUUUUGUGCCGUGGGGUUGUCGCGUUUUUAUUCCAGCUCCAUAUUCAACUUUUGACACCCCACUACAAAAAGCACCUUUUUUUCUUUUUUUUUUCUUUUCAAGAGCCCAGCAACCAUGGCAGACACCACAGAAGCCGUCGCGGAAAACGACAGUACAUUAAAAACAAUUACCAGUACCAACAUCGAAGUCCAAUCACAAGAGAAUCUGGAUGCGACAACGGAAGCUCAACCGUCCGCAGCUACCAUCCCGAAUAGUCCUGAAAAGCGCGGGGUGAAACGACCUUCCCAUGGCGAUGUUAGCGAAGAAGAAGAAGGCGAUCAUAACGAUGGAGGAUCCAAAGAGCCUACCAACGGGACCGAUGCCCCGAAGUUGUCCAAGAACCAACAACGCAAAUUAAAACGUCAAAAAAUGUGGGAAGAAAAGAAGCAAGAAAAGAAGGUCCUGCGUAAAGAGAAGCGACACGAAAAGCAGGAGAAAAAGAGAUUGGAAAGAGAAGCCGAGAUUGCUGCCGCUGCCGCUGAGGGAAGAGAACCCGUAUUCCAAGAGCCAUCCAGGAGACAGCCCAAGUCCGCUACCAAAGUGCCUAUCACGGUUAUAUUCGACUGCCAAUUUGAGAAGUACAUGAUGGGAAAGGAAUUACCAUCUUUGUCAAAUCAGAUCACUAGAUGCUAUUCUGAUAACAGGAACGCCCAGUUCCCCGUCCAUAUGUUUAUUAGUUCAUAUGGCGGCCAGAUGAAGGAAAGGCAUGAGACCAUCCUUCAGAACCAGUUCAAGGGUUGGAAGAACGUCCAAUUCAUAGAAGGCGACUUUAUCGAGGCUGCUGCUAAGGCCAAAGAGAUAAUGGCAGGACCCUCUGGUGGCACCGUAAUCGAUCUUCUUGCACAAGGCAAUGGCCGAGAUUCGGUUUCAUUUUCCGAGGUCAGUCAAGACUCCAAAAAGAAGCAGAAGGCCGCUCCAGUCGCGGAACCCGAGGCCGAUGAUGUAGACAAGUCCAUUGUCUAUCUGACUGCCGAUUCACCCUAUACACUCGAUCGUCUAGAGCCCAAUACCUGCUAUGUCAUUGGUGGCAUAAUCGACAAGAAUCGCGAAAAGGGGUUAUGCUACAAGAUCGCGCGAAGCAAAAAUGUCCGUACGGCAAAACUGCCUAUUGGCCAAUACAUGGUCAUGCAAAGCCGCCAUAUCCUCGCUACAAACCACGUCAUGGAGAUAAUACUCCAGUGGCUGGAGACGGGAGACUGGGGCACUGCCUUCAUGAACGUCAUUCCCAUGCGAAAAGGGGGGAAGUUAAAGGAAGACGAAAAUGCCUCCGACGCAGGUCAUGAAGGGCCGGAGGCCGCCCAGGAAGGCAGCCAAAAACCCCAGAAUCCCGUCCAAGUAGAAGGAGAUAACGCCGAAGAUGGUCUCGAAAAGAAUUCACUGAGUCAACAACGAUGGUCAGCGCCACCGACCGAACAAGAAGCGGAAGCAGAAGCAGAAGCACCCGUCGGCAACACUCUUAGCUGACUGAAAUAACCUACUUCACUAACUACUACGUCUGGCAGAUCAAUCCACCCAUUAACAAGCAGCGCAAUACCCUCCUUGUAAUGCUGAAUCCAUGCCCGCUU